CACGAAGUCGUCGCAGUUGCAUGCUCGAGCUGAAGCUGAAGCUGAAGCUGAUCAUGGCGAGUGUACGUUCUGAGGCGAUGGUCGACGGCGUGGCCGAGGUGGGCGCCGCAACGUGCAUCGAGGAUGUCCCGGCGGACGUGCUUUCCCUCGUGCUACGCCGGCUCGACGGCGCCUCCCUCGCCGCCGCCGGGUGCACGUGCACCGGCUUCCGCGAGCUCGCCGCCGAUGCGGCGAUGUGGCGCGCGAUCUGCCUCGCGGCGUGGCCGUCGGUGCGCGACGUCCCAGGCGUCUGUGGCGGCGGCGGCAGAGGAGGAGGGUGCCGGGCGCUCUUCGCCGACGCGUUCCCGUUCCCGGCCGCGUCGUCGUCGUCGGUGGCCGGCUCGGAGUCGUCGGGCUCUACUCUCCCCGCCCGGCUCGUCUCGGCCGUCGACCUGCAUCACAACGGCGUCUGCGUCAUGUCGCGCGUCGUGGAGACGGACACCUCGUCGGAGUGGUUCCUGGCGUCGCCGUUCCGCCUCGACGCGCUCGUCCAGGAGGGCUUCUCGGCGCCGGCGCCGAUCACGCCGGCCGAGCUGACGCUGAGCUGGAUACUGAUCGACCCAGCCACCGGCCGCGCCGUCAACGCCUCGAGCCGGCGUCCGGUGUCCGUCGACCGGAGCUGGCUCACAGGGGAGACAGUGGCGCGGUUCACCGUGGUGCUCGGCGACGGCGGCGGCGUCGCCCUCGACGCGGCGGUGACAUGCGACGACCGGUACGGGCACGUCCGGGAGGUGAGCCUGUGCUCCGUGGACAGCGAGGGCGUCAGCAUCAGCGGGCGCGACGGGCUCGCCACGGUGGCCGCGGCAAUGGGGGGCGCGAGGCAGAGCCGCGGCGCGGAGGCGGCGGCGAGACGGCGAUACGAGGCGUUCGCGAGGGGGACAGCGGCGAGGAAGGCGAGGCGGGACGGCGUGGUUGACCUCUGCUGCUCCGGCGUCGCGGCGGCCGCGUUCGUGGGGCUCCUCUCGACGCUGACGCUCCAGUGAACGUGCCGUGGCCCGUCGUGGGGCCUCCCCUCCGGGCUCCGGCGCGUGCGCGGUGUGACACAGUAGUAGGGUUACGUUUAGAUGACAAAGUGGUCUGCGUUGGAAAUUAAGUGGUUGCUUUUUUUAAAGUCUACGUUAAU